GCUCCGGGCCCACCAGCUGGCAGGAAGCAGGACAGAGGUCACUGGAACUCAGACCACAGGUCCCUGUUAAAUACAUCAGCUUUUAAAUCAAUCUUUGUUCAAAGUCCAGUGAGUUCCAAGACUAGAGCCGGCCAGCAGAGAGAGAAUUCCCUGGUGAGCGGACCAGCUUUUCUUCUUCCCAGAUCCAGGUCUUGCUUUUCCAAGGAGGAAUCCAGGCGGCCUCAUCUGUGGCGAAGACACAGGAUCUGCCCCAGGGUUUUAUUUUGGCGAUGUGAACUGGGGGAAUAACGCCUGUUGAAGAUUUAAUGGGCUCCAGCACUGGAUGAUUGCUGAUACGAAAUGGCCUCCACCUUCCACCCACGAGAAUGUGAGCUGUUUAAACAAGAAGGGCAAAGCUAUGGCUUCUACCUGCGAAUUGAGAAGGACACUGAUGGCCACCUGGUCCGGGUGGUUGAGAAGGGUAGCCCAGCGGAGAAGGCGGGCCUCAAGGACGGAGAUCGAGUUCUUAGGAUCAAUGGUGUCUUUGUGGACAAGGAGGAACAUAUGCAGGUUGUGGAUCUGGUCAGAAAGAGUGGGAACUCCGUGACUUUACUAGUCCUGGAUGGGGAUUCCUAUGAGAAGGCCAUGAAAAAACGGGUAGACCUGACAGAGUUGGGUCAAAGUCGGAAGGAGCCGAGUUUGAAUGAUAAGAAACUGCCCCCUGUGGUGAAGGAAGGAGCAGAGACUUGGACGCAGCCACGACUCUGCUACCUGGUGAAGCAGGGGAGCAGCUAUGGCUUCUCUCUGAAAACUGUCCAAGGCAAAAAGGGAGUGUACAUGACUGAUAUAACACCUCAAGGUGUGGCUAUGAAAGCUGGUGUCCUGGCCGGUGAUCACUUGAUUGAAGUAAAUGGAGAGAAUGUAGAAGACGCCAGCCAUGAGGAAGUCGUUGCAAAGGUGAAGAGUUCUGGGGGCCGCGUCGUGUUCCUGCUGGUGGACGAGGAGACUGACAAGCUCCAUACCGAGCAGAAGACCAGAUUCAGGAGAGAGACGGCCAGUUUGAAACUGCUACCCCACCAGCCCCGGCUCGUGGAGAUGAAGAAGGGGAGCAAUGGCUAUGGUUUCUACCUGAGGGCAGGCCCGGAACAGAAAGGUCAAGUCGUCAAGGACAUAGAUUCCGGAAGUCCAGCAGAGGAGGCUGGCUUGAAGAACAACGACUUGGUAGUCGCUGUCAAUGGCGAGUCUGUGGAAUCCCUGGAUCAUGACAGUGUGGUGGAAAUGAUUAGAAAGGGCGGAGAUCAGACUUCGCUGCUGGUGGUGGACAAAGAGACGGACCACAUGUAUAGACUGGCUCACUUUUCUCCAUUUCUCUACUAUCAAAGCCAAGAACUGCCUAAUGGUUCUGUCAAGGAGGCUCUGGCUCCCGCUCCGGCUCCCGCUCCGGCUCCUGCUCCCGCUCCUGUGGAGGUUUCAAGUCCAGAUACUACAGAGGAAGUAGGAGAUCAUAAACCUAAACUCUGCAGGCUGGUUAAAGGUGAAAAUGGCUAUGGCUUUCACUUAAACACCAUUCAGGGUCGGCCAGGCUCGUUCGUCAAAGAGGUACAGAAGGGCAGCCCUGCCGAACUGGCAGGGCUGGAGGACGAGGAUAUCAUCAUCGAAGUGAAUGGAGGGAAGGUGCUGGAAGAACCCUAUGAGAAAGUGGUGGACAGAAUCCAGAAUAGUGGGAAGAAUGUCACACUCUUAGUCUGUGGAAAGAAGGCCUAUGAUUAUUUCCAGGCUAAGAAAAUCCCUAUCGUUUCCUCUAUGGCUGAUCCACUGGAUGCCCCCCCUGAUUCCAAAGAAGGAACAUUGGCAGAACCAGAGCACGACUCACACGUGGCAAAAGAACGAGCGCACAGUACAGCCUCACAUUCUUCUUCCAAUUCUGAAGACACAGAGAUGUGAUGAGAGCAAAUAAUGGCUUUGGCUGACAGCUGUUUCUGGGCGUUCAGUAAGAAUCCUUUCCCAAGGAAUGAGCUGCCACCCAUUUACUGUCUCUGUUAGAGAAGAGCUCCUCUGGGAACCAGUUCAUCACGUGUGACUGUUGUCUUCUGUUGUCAUUUGCCUUGGGGGCAGAUACCGAAGUAGAUGGCUUAUUUAUGGUCAGCUUAAGGCAGGAACCAGAUUCUUUUCAAGUGAUCUCUUUCAAGCUUCAACUUAACGACAUUUCUUUGUAUGAUGCUAUCUCUUAAUUCUAUAGGCUCCUUGAGCACCAAAGAUGAUUCACAAAUCUGUACACGUGAGAGCUCAUUAUAGUAUCUGAGCAGAUAAGCCUAUUAAAAUUAUGGUUUUGUAAGAAUGUUGUGGUUGCUAAAACAGAUGCCAUUAAGAAUGCCUUUAGAGUCUUCCUUGUUAGCUGAUCAAACCUUAAUAGUGCUUUUGUUUUUGGUAAACUUGCUUUUAUGCUUUAACUUUCAUUUUGCCUCUGGAAGUCCCAGCACAAUAAAAUUCAGGAUUUCCUUAAAUUGCAUUUCUGAAUAUUCUAUAAACUUUCCAACAUUUUCCUUUCACAGAUGGAGAAAAGUAGGGUCUACAAUAGGAAAACUUAUUCCAGUUAACAGUUAUUCAUUGUUUUACCCCACAGCAUGAGGGGGCAGAUGGAAAGAAAAAAAAAAAACUGAGACAUCAUCACCAACGUGAAUGCACA